AUGAACAGCGAAGAUAACGCUAAAGCACAAGCUCGAUCUAUUCUUGGUCCAACCAAAGACGCUGAGUUUCUGCAAAGCUUCGUUCGCAUCGGUGUCGGCGAUGAGGAUGAAGAAAUACCAGUUCCAAAAGCCUCGAUCAGCAAACGCGCCCCACCUACCACAGACAAGAAUGAAUCUGUUGGUGAAGAUGAUAAACAACAAGACGACAGGAAGGAAUCGCUUAAGCCGAACAAGAGACGGUUCAGACGCAAACCUAAGCGGGAGAGGCGCAUUCGUCAGGAAGAACUUUACACUGACAAGGAUCGUGCUGCAGCUGUUGUUAUGGGCUCGAAGGAUAUCAAACUGUCUCUGAAUAUGAAAGACAAAGCAGAGCGAAGUAGCGCGUUGCAGAUACCAGCAGAAGCAGAUGCUGGGACACUGCUGGCUCUUGCACGAGCUGAGAUGAUGAGAGAGCGGUAUCGUACGGCUCUUUCAUUUGUAGAUAAGGCAAUAGAAUUGGCUCCGGAAGAAAAAGCUGCGUAUGUUGCCCGAAGCAAAUGCUACCUGCUGCUAGGAGAGCCAAAACUAGCAUUAACAGAUGCUGAAACUGCGUUGAAACUGGAUCCAAAGCAUGCCAAGGCUUUGCUGCGGAAAGCUGAAGCGCUCUACUAUUGUGGAGAGUUCGAAAUGAGUUUGGUACACUACCACCGUGGUUUGAGAGCGCGGCCUGAUCUAAGCGAAUUCAGACUUGGAGUACAAAAAGCUCAAGAAGCUAUAGAAAACACUAUUGGUUCGGUUAAGCAAGUUCAAAAGGGCGGUAAAAGAGCUAGCUCCAAGUCCCGCCCAGUUCUCGGUCAGCUGACGUCUGAUAAAAUCUACUUGGAGAACCUAUUGAAGAAUCCUGAUCUGGCUAUAGCAGAUAAAAAGAACGCGGUUGUCUUAAAGCAGGCGGAGGAGGCGAUUCGAUUUUUGGAGAAUCGAGAGGAGUUCUGGAAGCAGCAGCAAACAGCGAAGAGAAAUUAAUUAUAAGUAUAAUUAGAUACUUCCGGCAAAAUUGAAACUUGACCCACCUUAAUGUAAUUUCCCUACAUGACUGUAGGAAGGUCAAAAUUAGCUUGAACAUAAAUUUCCUAACUGUUGUUAUUUUAUAAGACACUUCACGGCCUUACAACUAAACUUGGUUAUAGAGUUGGUAUAGAGUUAUAUCUCAGAAUAACCCAAGAAUUUACAAUAAGACUUAGAUUUAAAAUUUUGCAUAUGACUGUCUUAUUCGGACGUAUAACGUUUCCCGUGUUUAUUUACAAGGCUGAUUGACAUUCGGAAAACUCCGGAAUUAUCAUUGUAUUGACAGUUUUGUCAGCGAUAUAGUCAACAUUUUGCAUAUUCUUGGAUUAUUAACAGGUACAACUUUAUUCCUAGUUUGUAAGGCGGUGACAGUCCACCAACAAUCUUUCGUGCAAAUAUCUAAACCAUUUUUUAUGAUUUUGAAAGAAUUAUCAGCAAAGAGAGCCAUGAAUCAAUUUUGUCAAUGGUACCAUAUA